CCGUUGAAUAUGGGCGUCCCGCGGCUCAGUAGCACCCCGCCAGCCGAGGUAGCGCUCGAGCGUGCCAGGCGGCCCCACCUGUUGAUCGUAGACGACUCGAGGGAAACGCGCGCAAGCGAAGGAGCGUGGCCGCCAGAGGGCCUGGAGAGUCAAUCGGGCGUGCGCGGGAGUGCAGUGGACUACGCGGCCGCGCUGCUGCUAGCAGCCAUGGCUGCCGUGCUGCUGGCGGCUGUGGGCUACCAAUGCGCGGCCACGUGGCGCUGGCUCAUGGGAAGGAGCAGAAGAGAAUCUGAAGAUAGCAACUGUGACUCGUUGUCGCGGCAAGCUGCCAUCCGCAUCAGCCACUCGUUGCCGGACCUGCAGACCGAGCCUUUGAAGCAGGAGUAUGUUCAGGAGCACAAAGAUCCCGGCAAAAAGGUCCUGCGUCAGACGACCCUCCCGAUCGUGCCGACCCGCCACCAGACCUUUCAGAGGCAGCUGUCUCACCGCCUGGACCUGCCGUCCAUACAGUUCAGCAUCUGUAGUCUGGAGCGGGCUGACUCCUCUAUUGGACUGAUAAAGCCGGAGUUAUACAAGAACGAGCUGGUCCGUCAGUCGUCGACCGACAGUGCCGAGCUGGAGUUCUGCGGCAAGGUGCACUUCGCCCUGAAAUACGACCAGGAAGUGGAAGCAUUAGUUGUGAAGAUCUUCGAGGCCCGCGACCUGCCCAUCAAGGACGUAACGGGCAGCAGUGACCCGUACAUCAAGGUGUUCCUACUACCCGACCGCAAGAAGAAGUUCCAGACCAAGGUCCAUCGCAAAAACCUCAACCCUGUAUUCAAUGAGACCUUCCUAUUCAGCGUCCCCUAUGAAGAGCUUCGCCAACGUUACCUGCAGUUUUCGGUGUAUGACUUCGACCGCUUCAGUCGCCAUGACCUCAUCGGCCACGUGGUGCUGAAGGGACUGCUCGAAUCAGCUGAUCUGCACCAGGAGAUUGAAUACACUAUGAAUAUAUUGGCGGCGCCACAGGAAAAGAAAGACUUGGGAGAACUGAUGCUGUCGCUGUGCUACUUGCCCACCGCUGGCCGUCUGACUGUCACUGUCAUCAAGGGGAGAAAUCUCAAAGCGAUGGACAUCAAUGGUUCAUCAGAUCCCUACGUGAAAGUUUGCCUCAUCUGUCAAGGCAAACGAAUAAAGAAGAAAAAGACAACAGUGAAGAAAAACACGCUAUGUCCUGUCUACAAUGAAGCUUUAGUCUUUGACCUGCCUGCCGACAACGUGUUUGAUGUCACGCUACUCAUCAAAGUCAUUGAUUAUGACAUGAUAAGCCCAAACGAGCUGAUAGGCUGCACAGCCAUCGGAUCCAGUCUGAUCGGGAUAGGUCGAGACCAUUGGCUGGAGAUGCUGGAUAACCCUAGGAAACCCGUGGCCCAGUGGUACCCCCUCAACAAGAGCCCACCUGCCAAUGUGGCGCUGCCUGCUAACGACCAGCAGAAUACGCUGAACUGCUUGAAUGGAAGAUGAAGAGAUUAAUUUUAUUAUACGAGCAAGAUUGGUAAUCUAUUUAAUGGAUGAAACAUCUUGGCGUGUUCUGAAGUGAAAAACUCUUCAGUGAGCAGUGAUCUCGCGAUGCCAAAUGUUAUUAGAGGUGACUAGAGAUAAAUGAUUGGUUGUAUGUCCAUUUACUGUAGAGAGGAAUCGAUGUAAGUGAUACUGACGUAGAGAAUUAGAGACUAGAAGAUUAGAUUAUAUAAACAUGUAUGUUCAAGUAGAUGAUGAAUUUAUCCAGUAAUUAUUCGUUUAAAAUUAGCUUAUUAUUUAGUAGCGGUAUAAUUAAAAAUAUAUCCCAGUCUAAUAUGUUACAUGUAAUUGUUUCACUAUUCAUUGACUACACUCCUUGCUUUCCUUACAUCCGUUUCCAGGAUUUUAUAAAAAGAAUUUCUUAAUUCUAAUAUACAUUGUUACUUCUAUACAUUUUAUAUUCCUAUACUUAUAUAUCUAAAUACGCACAUCUCAAAUUCAAGACUUAAUCGUGUCAUGUACAUACAUCUAAUGAUAAUUAUCAUAAAUGUUGUAUAAUUGUUGUACUUCACAUUGUAUAAGUAUAAUAAUUAACGUAUCUUCUAGACACUAUUAUUGCAUCUAUUUCCGAAGUUAAGAAGGCAUAUCAAUGGUAGGUGGUAAUUUAAAAUGAAAAUGCGAAAAUUCUAAAAUGAACGACAUUUUGAUUAAAACCAGUUGUCUGUAAAAAAUGAGAAUGUUGUAAACAUUCUUUUUAGUGUUGGACAAUAAUGUAGAAGGGUUUCGCGAAAAACGUACGAGUAUGAUUUUUACCUAAUGCACAAUAUUAAAUUUGUUACAUGUUACAUUCUUUGUAAUAUGAAAUCGAAGCUUUAAAUCGUGUUAAAACUAUGGUAUAUAUAUAAUAUUUAAAAUAUGUAUUCGUCAGAGUAUACUCAGAUGAUAACUGACAUUGUUAUAAAAAUAUCACUUUUAAGAAUUAUAAUAUUAUCAUGUUCAUUGAGAUGUACUUUUAGAUAUCAAUGUUCUACUAAUAAAAUGCAAAAGUACUAAGUGUAUUUGCUGUCAUGCUAAUUUUCCGGGCUACUUUUGUGGGGAAAAAGAAAUUCAUAUUUUCUUAGAUCUUCUAAUGGUGUUCAUCGGUUGUCCCGUACUUAAAAUCAAUCAAUUAAUAUAUUGGUUGGUUUCGAAUAAAUUAAAAUUCAUUUUCUAUUUUGUAUUUUGCCGGCAACAUAUGGUUCGUAUAUGAUAUUAUUAGUAUUUGCUAAGAGCAUAAUCAAAACUAACCACAUAAAGCUAGCUGUUAUUUGAUACAUUUUAUAUUGCUUAAAGUUAUAGUCAAAAACUAGUUUUAAAGGUAAUUUUUCACAGGAAGAUUUGUUCAAAAUAAUAAAAUUAAGAACUUCUCUGAAUUUGUGGUAUUUGUUAAGUAUUCCUAAAAGUCGCUCCAUAGCAGAUUGAAUAAAUAAAUAAUUUAUUAAACAUAUUUAGCAGUCAUCUUAUACCCCGAAAAGGUCAGAAGUAUGCAAAUUCGCUUACAGUGUUAGAAGUUGUAGAAUUCCUUUUUAAACUUCCAUAAAAUAUUUAAAUUGAUACCAAUAUUUUAAUAGAUAUAUAAUUGUUGUUUUUAAAAGAGCAAAUAUAGUGAGUUUUUUAUGUUAUUGAGGUCUAUAUUGUUAUUAAUGUUUUUGUAUUAUAUAGAACGUAUCUUUUGUUCGAUAUAUACUUACGUCUUUUUGUUAUAUUCUGUGGUGUCCCACUGCUGGGCAAAGGCCUCCCCUCUAUUUCGCACUCCAUCUCUGUCCAUUGCGUUUUUGUUUUAUAAUUACACGAUUUUUCUUUUCGAAAGUAGUUGAUGUAAAGUAACCCAACUCUGAACAUUAUAAAUUAUAUUCUUUCAUUCGUAAUAUUAAAAAAAUAUUUACUUUGUCUUUUAUCUUUAAAGGUAAAUUCCACACAGAUUAAUAAAUAUAUAAAAACAAGACCCGAUUAUGAAAUUAUAUUACGGAUGUCUUAUAUUAAAAUAAUUUUCCAGAAACUUUACUAACUAGUAUCAAAACUGCAAAAUCAACGUGUAGUCUAGAAUAAGUAUUUGGUAUCAUAUGGAAAUAUCAUAGUAAGUAGUUAAAAUGUGUUAUAAUAUUACAAGUAAUGCUAUGGUAUUUGUUUAUCGAAAAUAAAAAAUAUACUACACAUCUUUAAAUUUGCAAAAAUAACUUUUCGUCAAUAUUUUUCAAUGUAUAACUGGUAAAUUAUACGAUUGAUAUACAGUCAAUAUUUUAUACAUUGGCAUCGUUUUUGCUCAGUGAAAUACAUUUCGUAAGGAAGCAAUACCUAACGUGAAGAAAAUGUAUGGAUAAACUGAUUUUUUUCGCGAUUUUGGGGUUACUCCCAUACGAAAAGUUAUUCUUUAUCGUGGACUGAGCAUGUAGACAAAGGAUGUCAAUGUAUAAAAAAUAAUUCUGUAGUAAACAUUUCAGAAUGUUGAUAGUUUAGGUUAUACCCAUAUGUACUCAAUGUUAUUCAAAAUUAAUAAAAAUUAAAUAAACGCGGAAAAGACAGUACAAGUGUUGAUUGAACGAGAGGUAAUAUUUUUGUAUGAGAAUAGUAUACUCGUUGUACCUAAAUGAUACUUAAGUCUUUAUACUGUAAAACUAUGCAAGUUUAUUGGAUGUAAGUACUUAUACUGAUUUAUGAAUAAAA